GUUCUUCAGACAACUUCUCCAGUUACAAAGAGACAUUCUUGGGUCCUACAAACACUUUUUUGUGGUGUACAUUCCUGGGUUGAACAAAACUUUACAAGGUCUAGAACAUUUUUCUUCAGUAGUCCACAUAGAUUGCAUAUUCAAGUUGAGUUGGGCAUAAAGAAAAAUUCAUCUAACAAGAUAGACAUAAAUGAAAUUGCAAACCAACUAGCCACCAUAAAGUUGGCCAACUGUAGAACUUGGUACAAACAUGUACCUUCUAUAAUGAGUAUGAAUUUGAAGAAAAUCCAGAAAUUUUCCUGAAAUGGCGAUGUCAAGAUUUGUCCAAAACUUCUUAAAUGCCUGCAAGAAAAUAAGAAGGCCACUAAAAAGUUUAUCUGCCCUAGAACUUUGUACCCUUUCGCUGUAAUCUGGGAAAACAAGCAGGUUACAACCCAUAAUAUGUUCAUCCAAUGAGAUUGCCCAUGUAGAAUUAGAUUCCAUAAUAAGUUCAUCCAAUCCCCGGGAUCCAAUCAGGUCUUUUGUUUGAGUAGAACACAUUAUAUAUUUAUCCAAUGAGAUCGCCCACGCAGAGUUACAUUCCUUAAUAUGUUCAUCCAACUAGGUUACACCUGUAGAACUGUAUCCCAUUAGGAGUCCAUCCAAUCAGGUCACCAAUAUAGAAUUCCAUCCCAUAAUAUGUUCAACCAAUCAGGUUGCAUGUGUAGAAUUCCAU